UGUUGGUAAUUAUUUAUCUCCAUUCUUCAGUUGCUCAGACUUUUUUCGUUUAUCUUGUUAUUUUUUAUGUAAAUAGAGAGCGUAAACAGUUAUCUGUGGAGCGUAAUAGCAACAAGAAAACUUAAAAUUUUAUUCAGCAAAAAGCUACCACUAUGGAUCUGCAAAUUAAAAGGAAAUCUACUAAAACGCCGCUAACAGGUAGUCUUGUUGAAACCUAUCCUCAUGAUUUACAAAUGUACAGAAUUCCACCAACUGAAAAUAUCUCAUUACAAGAAUUCGAAAUAUUGGCUUUAGAAAGACUUCAUCUCUUGAGGUGCUUAGCUUCAGCAACUACUUUGAAAAGUUUCAAGCCUUACUCAGAAGAAUGGAACCAGUACAUCAUAAGCGAAAUGCGGACUCGUGGAUUUAAAUAUUAUGAAAAACUGUGUUACAAAUCUACAUGUAGCACCCAAGAGGCAGACAUACAAGCUCGCCGGAAAGAUCAUAUAGCUCAUUUUAUACUAAGAUUGGCGUAUUGUCGAACUGAAGACUUACGAAGAUGGUUUGUUGCUAGAGAAACUGAAUUAUUUAAAAUGAGAUUCAUAGCUUUGAAAAGUGAUGCUGUUGAUGCCUUCUUCGAAUUAAAUAAUUUAUGUUACACCAACAUAUCAGAGGAAGAAAAAGAUGAACUUAUAAAUGACCUGCGUGAAUGUACUCAGUAUAUUAAUGUUGAUGACAUGAAGUUUUAUAAGGUAAAAUUCUACGAAGUACUUGAUUUGGUUAGGGCAAGAAAAGUGUUUUUGCGUGGAGGCUACGCCUAUAUUCCAUAUAAAGAUUUUGUCUCUGUGCUGUCAGCCCAAUUUAGAAUACACUUGAAACAGAGUUUAGCUGUAGCAAGCCACCAUUUAGGUGAGAUUGAGCAAGAUGAGAGAUUGGUCUGUUUACUGAAAGGAUUGCACCAGUCCUAUGCUGGUAAUGACUAUAGUGACACAAAAUCAGUUGUACCUAUUGAAAGUCUGGAUGCACUUUCAGUGAAAUCAUUUCCACUAUGUAUGAAGCAGCUACAUGACCAAUUAAGAGCUGUACAUCACUUGAAACAUAAUGGCAGGCUUCAAUACGGACUCUUCUUAAAAGGAAUUGGUGUUACUUUGGAAGAUUCUCUUCGAUUUUGGAGAGAUGAGUUUACAAAAAUUAUGGAUACAGAUAAAUUUGAGAAACAAUAUGCAUACCAUGUCAGAUACAACUAUGGCAAAGAGGGCAGUAAAAAAAAUUAUUCUCCAUUUAGUUGCAUGAGAGUAAUUAAUGAAACUGUUGGUCCUGGAGAUUGUCAUGGUUGUCCAUACAAACAUUGUGAUGCAAGUAAUUUGAAGAAUAAACUGCAAGGAUAUGGUCUUGACAGUCAAGCUAUUCAUGAUAUUGUGGACAUGGCCAAGAAAGGACACUAUCAAAUUGCCUGUAGCAAAUACUUUGAUGCAGUCCAUAAUACUGACCUUGGUUUGGGCAUCAACCAUCCAAACCAGUUCUUUGAAGAGAGCCAGAAACUACUAAAAGGAAAUGUUAAACUUGAACCUAAGAAAGAAAUGAAGCCAAAUGUCAAGAAAGAAAGUGUUGAUGAUAUUGAAGAAAUAAAUUUUGAAGACAUGUCAGACUGGAAAGGAUAA